AUGCGCUUCGUCGUGUCCGUGUUUGCUGUUGCAGUCACUCUGGCCGCUGCUACCAUCUCUGCCUCGUCGUCCGAGCCGCUACGCUCAUCACGCACAUCGUCUCCGGUUGACAACGCAUUGGACGCGAAUGCUGGCAAGGAAACCGCUGCUGAGCGAAACGAACAGUCUGGCGUCGACAUCAAGGGCGAAGAGAGGGGGUUAUUAGAGGCCGUGUCAAAAGUUGGGGCCUCGUUUGCAGCCAAGUUCAGGAGUGGCGGUGGUGCCAAGCCUAUCAGCUCCGUUGCACUUCACGCAGGGACGAAGGCCCCUACCCCCAGAAGAAGCUACUUACGUCACUUGUUCAAGACAUAUAUGGGAAUGGGAGGUGCUGUGACGAAAGGAGCUGCGGGUGGGAAGAGUGUUAGUGGUUUCAAGAAGUGGGUGUCAAGCCUUCUACGUCGAUUUCGUACGAAGAAAAAAAGCGCUGAAGAUGGAGGUGCUGCUGGAAAGGUCCCUGCUGAUAAGACGCCUGACCUGCUACCGGUCAAAGAACCCGUUCCCAUCAUUAAGCCUCCGAAGUUGCCGGGUGAAACGACGACUGUUGGUGACAAGAAAAAGAGGGUCACCUGGAAUGAUGCGGAGCUUGUUAAAUUUCCCGAGAUUCCUGCAACCGCCAAGGGUACCUAA